AUGUUGUUACUCUGUCACAUGCUGGCCGGAGCCUUGCUUCCGUUCUUCAUCCUUUCAGGAAAUUUGGUUUCAGCUGAGAACAUCAACUUUUACAACGUGAGACCUCCACUAGACCCCACUCCAUUUCCAAACAGUUUUAAGUGCUUUACUUGUGAUAAUGCAGUGGACAAUUACAACUGUAACAGAUGGGCUGAAGAUAGAUGGUGUCCUGAAAGUACGCAGUACUGUUUGACAGUUCAUCUCUUCACAGACCAUGGGAAGAGUACAUCGGUCACCAAAAAAUGUGCCACUGGAGAAGAAUGCCACUUUGUGGGCUGCCACCGUCACCGAGCGAGUGGCCACACAGAGUGUGUUUCUUGCUGUGAAGGCAUGAUCUGCAACGUCGAGAUACCAACCAACCACACCAACGCCGUCUUGGCUGUAUUGCACGCCCGGAGAACGUCGGGUGGCAGCAGGCGGACAGUCAACGUUGCAGUGCUGGUGUCGGCCGUGAUGGUGGCCUUGUCGUGA